CGACGGACCACACAAUCUGCUGCCUCUCGCCUCUCCCUGACAUCCAUCGACCUUUUAAUGGAGCCUCUACUUUAACCUCUACCAGGUUGAUCCUUCUGGCUGUGUUUACCAGGACGACAGACAGUUCAUUUUGACGUGAGAUGUACCUUGGCAGCAGCCGCAUGUUGCGCCGCCCCUCCCGCGGGGCGGUGCAGCUCAGCUCCUCAUUCCAUGAAGUUAGCCCAACCUUAGCCGAUCCAGUUUCUGCCCAACAUCGGGGAGACCUCUUUGAUGGCCCAGCGUUGGCCAGGAGACGACCUGGCUAGCCCGCACCGCGCGCGGGCGGUUUCUCAGACCUUCGCCGUCACUUCAAGACAAGAGGAAGAGACAGUCGACUCGGAUACCCCAGCCCUCAUCGCCCUCUGUUCGAACCCCUAUCAAUCGCGCUGCCGGCUGCGAUGGACAACACUUCAACAAUAGCUGUCGCGGAGUACCACUAUACCUCGCUUCCACACGCCAAUUGCACUCGCUUCCUCGAGCUACUCCCAGCAACAGAUCCUUUGGACGAACUUCGAUGCAGGCUCAACGUUGUCGACUGUGACAGAGACUUGGUCUCCUACGAGGCUCUGUCCUACACUUGGGGAGACGGCGAGAUGACCCGUCAACUGUACAUCAGCAUCGGAGAAGGUUGGGGGGUCCUGCACGUCACGGAAAAUCUGUGGACUGCCCUUCACAGAUUCAGAAAGAAGUCCAAACCCCGAGUGAUCUGGGCCGACGCCGUUUGCAUCAAUCAAGGAGAUGUCGAAGAAAAGGACUCCCAGAUUCCAGGAAUGGUUGAUAUAUAUCGCAGCGCAAAAAGAGUCCUCGUCUGGCUCGGCAGUGACGGCGAGACGGAAAAGACGAUGGCCAGGGUCGGCGCACUAGGGAAUCUCAUUCUGCGGCGCGAAAGCAGAUUGUCUGCCGAGGACACAAGCGAGCUCGCAAGAUGCGCAUGCGCUCUCUUGAGCAUGCCGUGGUUCAGCCGGCGAUGGAUUAUCCAAGAGGUCGUCUUCAGCCCCGACGUCGUGCUGUUCGCAGGGACCGAGAGCACAGCGUUUCUCCGGCUGGUCGCCAUCAUCAAACUCCUAUAUACGUCCCAGGACCAAAUGCUUUCAAAAUCCGCCGAAUCCUUCCUCGCCAUGUACAAGCUAUGGAACGAGACAAUCUCCGGGGAGCUGUCGGGCGACUGCGGCUUGCUUCAACUGAUGCGUGUUUUUGAUCACUUUGGAUGCGCCGACCCUGUCGAUCGCAUCUUUACCAUCGCAUCCCUCGCCCAGGAUGUCCAGCUCAGGCUGUUGUCUACGACGGGUUCCCGGACCAGGAACCUUGAGAUUAUUGUCAGAGAAAACCUAUUCCACAGUCAAAUAUCGCCGGCACCCGGAAUGAAGCUCAGCUAUGCAGCACCUCCUGAGCCGGUUUUUACUCGCUUUGCCGAGUUUAUCGCCCACGCCGGCUCCUUCGUCUGGGUGCUCGGCCAAGCGCUGGCGAGAGCUGAUGGGGUGACUGGCACAUCUGGCCUGCCAUCCUGGGUCCCGGACUGGAGGAGCCCGCGCCGGCGACUGCCGCUCUGGAUUGAAAGUCAGUGGGACUUAUGGCCUUGUCCGCCUCAUGGUGGAAAAACGAGCACAACGAGACGAUCCGAUGGACUGCUUACCGGAUACGAUGAAGACCUAUUCCUGCAGAACGCAGAAUUUCUGAUUCCGGCAGUUGCUCGAAAAAGCGAUGGCAAUGGCCACCGCCUCCGUGCUGCCGUUUGUCACACCUACCAUUGGGCCUCGGACCUGGAACGAUCUGCAAAGAAUCCAGCGGUGACGAUGCACUCAGUACGCAGGAUGACACAUGCCAAAAGGGUCAGAAUGAUGGUUGCGCCGUUUCGCCACGACAUGCUCUUCCCACUUUCGGUGGCCUUCAAGACAUGUCCUUUUCCCCAACAGGACGAUCUGCGAGGGGUUGUUGGUUGGAUCCAAGAUUCUUUCUCGGCUCUCCUUUCUCAAGUGUUGCCGCCCCAACAGCUUUCCAUCUUUAUGGAGGCCAGGCAUGGUCCCCAGAGAUGGGAGGGCCUCCCAGGCGCCUAUCUCGAGAGGUUUACGUUUGUUGUCACUGCAGGCGGCAUGUUUAUCCCACAGCUCAGCCGAGCGGAUAAAAUCGAUCUCCGAAAUCUGGUAUAUUUCGACGCCAUCAAAGUCUCGAACUUGCGGAUCACAAAGGCGGUGCCUUUACUCGCACAGGUCUUUGAUGGGAUAAGCGACCUGGCCACUGCACCGGGUCUUCUACGGCUCAUAUCCACCACGAUGGCGGGACGCUGCGUCAUCGGUUGCGACUAUGUCACCCCCUGCAGACGCUACUCGAUGACGGAGCGUCCCAGUGAGGAAGAAGACAUGGCGGUGCUAGGAAUCGCCUCAUCCCAUACUGUAAAAGGGGAUAGGAUAAUGUCGCUAUUCAAGGCCAAGGAAGGCCGCUGGGAGGCGAGCGAUUAUGCGUUCACCCUCUGCCAGCAGCGCAGCGCGCCGGCUGGUCCGUCUGCCGUCGACCCCUUCAUGCGCGGCACUAGUGACCUGUCCUUCUCGGGCAUGAAGUUGCGCCACCCACCGGAGGAUGGUGGGACCCCUGAUCGGCAACAUCACUGGACCCGCACUUACGUCGUCCGUCGUCGCGGGCUUCCGGGGGGAGAGGGCCAGGGUGCGGCAGGCGAGGGGGACUGGCUGCGAGGUGCCGGCGCCGAGGAUGCCGAUGGCAUGCCGCUCUGUCGCCUCCGCACUCCUCGACUGGAUUUCGUGGGAGAUUGCUUUCUUUCAACAAACCGGUGGGAGCCAGAACUUUUCCGUCCGCCCCGUGAUUAUCCUCUUGGAAUCUUGAACAAGUUGGCGAGGCGCGGGUAUUUUGACGAUGCAGAGUUGCCAUCUGUGACCCCCAGUUCGACUGCUAGCGUUCUGGAGUUUGACCUGGGGUAGCCGCCAGUGGUCACUUGGUAUCGGGAAGGCACGUUAGAGUAUGUAUACCUAUCUAUGCUCCACCGGUGCUCCGCUAGAAUGCUAGCGCUCGCCAACAAGUGGCUACUGAGUGUGUCCGCGGCCG